CCGCGGCAAGCAGGGCCCUGCUGAACACGACAGCUCACUCCAGGCAGGAGUUCCCCGAGCAGGAACUAGGCUUUAAGAUCUGCCUGGCACCCCCAGUGGGAACCUGAGUUCACAGGCUCCGCCUUCUCCACUCCUAGGAGGCUCUAUGCUGUUUGUUGAGACGUCACUGAGGCGGCCGAGGGACAAGGACAAGAGGGACAAGGACGGAAGCUUGGAGGUCACGGGCCAGCUGGGGGAGGUGAUGAAGGAGAGUGCCCGCAUCGCCUACACCUUUGCCAGGGCCCUCCUGAUGCAGCACGACCCCUCCAACGAGUACCUGGUGACCUCCCACCUCCACCUGCACGUGCCCGAGGGCGCCACCCCCAAGGACGGCCCCAGCGCCGGCUGCACCAUCGUCACAGCCCUGCUCUCGCUGGCCAUGGACCGGCCAGUACGGCAGAAUCUGGCCAUGACGGGCGAGGUCUCCCUCAGAGGCAAGAUCCUGCCGUGGGCGGCAUCAAGAAGAAGACCAUCGCCGUGAGUGUGGAGCCCGAGGGCUGACACUGCCCCACCACAGCUCCCAGCCACAUUACACGGGUUAGGCGACGAAGGGGGAUGGCCCGUUUUAUAGCUGGCAAAGCAAAGCCUAGGGUGGCACGGGACUGGGCCUGUGGCUGCUCCUCCAGUCAUUUGCAUAGUGUUCAGGGCCUCUUCAUGAGAAAGUACCCAUCUGGCUCCUGGAGGAUGGCAGUGGGACCUCCGCCCCGCCUGCUGCCUCCUCGCCCACGUGGCCUUGCAUGGGAACUAGGCUGGUGGGCCGAGACCAGAGGCACACCUGUGCCGUCUUUCCCUUGGCAGAGCACCCUCCACAGCACCCCGCCUAACAGCCCUUGGGGGGCAGGGUCUCCGGGGCAGAGGCUCCAGGAGUCCCCGUGGACCCAGUCCCUGUCCUCCAAGGGGUGGAUUCAGGCGGAGGGAUGGCAGUGCAGAGGCCCGGGCCUAUGGGGCUGGAAUUCCAGGCAAGCAGGGAAAUGUCAUGUUGGCUGUAUUUUAAAUGCACUCACGGCUCCUUUCCAGCUCCCCGCACAAGUAAGUGUGAACCCCUAAGUGUAAAGCAGUGGGCACUGCCGUGGAUUCAGGAAACAUCUCCCCCUGACACCAUAGGGUGGGGAUUCCAGGACGAGGCCUAGGC